AUGUUUAAUUGGAUUAAAAAGUAUUCACAUAUUUUUAUUCACUUGUCUAUGAUAAGUGGUGUUACAUUAUAUGUUAUAUUUGGUGCUUAUAUAAUGCAAAAUUUAGAAAAUAAGAAUGCUAUUGAGAUGAAUAAACAAUUAAGAAAUAAAAGAAAUAUUAAAAUUAGAGAAAAUUCAAUGAAUAUUAUUGAAAAAAAAGUUAACAAUUUUGAUAUAAAUUACUAUAAAAAUGUUUCUGGACAUGAAUUAGCUAAAUUAGAUCAAAGUUUACAUAAUUGUGUAAUUAAAGCUAUGGAAUCAUUGUAUAAUUUUAGUAGAUGUCAUGAAAAAAUUAUCAAUGUUGCUGCUAUAACAUUAUUUGAUUAUUGUUAUAAAAAUGCUAAUUUAAAAAUUCAAAAUAUUAUUAAUAUAGUUGAUAAGUAUGGUAAACCUAUGUAUAAUGAAUUACAUGGUGAUAAUAAUAAAGAUAUUAAAAAUAUUCAUGAACAACCUGCAUCUGUAUUUUUUAAAAAACAACUUAGGCAUGGACAAUUUAAAAGUAAUAAAAUAUCUAAUAAUAAUAAUAACAAUGAAAUUAAUGAUAAAAUAUCAAUUAUGGAUUGGUCAUUUGGAAGUUCUAUUAUUUUUGCAUUUUCAGUAAUAACAACUAUAGGAUAUGGUCAUGUAGCACCAAUGACAACAAGUGGAAGAAUAUUUACAAUUAUUUAUGGUUUAAUUGGAGUACCUUUUACUUUAUUGACAAUUGCUAAUGUUGGUCUAUUUUUAUCAUAUACAUUUAAAAAAACUGCUAUUAAAAUAGUAUCAUGGAAAAAACAUCAUUAUAAUGGUUUUAGAAAUAAAAUGAAAGUAAAACAAAAAAUUAAAAAAUUUAGAAACAUGAAAAUGAAUAAUAAUUAUUGUUGUUUAAGAAAGAAUAUAAAUGAGAUAACAGAUCAAAAAGUACAAUCAGUUGUUUGGUAUUCUAAUGACAAAAAUAAUGACAUAAAAUGUAAUAAUUCUGAUGUAACAUUUUAUGACAAUAAUGAUAAAGAUAAUGAGAUAGAUGAAAGUAAAUAUGCAGGAACAAUACAAUUUAUAAUGACAUUAUUACUUGGUAUAUCAACAUUUUUUUACAUAUUAUUUGGGGCAUAUGUAGUACAUUUAUAUGAAAUUGAAAUGGAUUUUUUUCAAGCAUUUUAUUUUAAUUUCAUUACUCUUACAACAAUUGGUUUAGGUGAUUUUGUUCCGCAAAGUUAUAAUUAUUUAAUUAUAACAAUUGUUUAUGUUUUUUUUGGAAUGGCAUUAGUUACAGUAACAUUAAAUCUUUUAUCUGAUAUUCUUAAAAAACUUCAUAAUUUUGGUCGCAAAAUUGAAAAUGUUAGUGAAGUUGUUGUUUGGUUUGGUGGUAGUAGAAUGAAAAUGUCUAAAUUAAUGAAAUAUCUUAUUGAUACACUUAAUUUACCUGAAGAAACACUAGAAACAAUUAAUAUUGAUACCUUUAUUGAUAAUGCUAUUCAGAAAGAAGAAGGAAAAAUAGAAUCAUUAAGACCAAAACCAUUUACUUUAAGUGAUGUUGCAGAUAGAUAUAAUAGAGAUAUUGAAGCAGAAACAUUUUUUAUGGAUGCUACAGAAAGAUCAGGAUAUCUUAAUUCAAAUAAUAUUUUAAUAAGAAAAUUAUCAAAAAAUUUUCUUGAAAAAAUGGAUCAUAAAAUUAAACCAAUACCAUCAUUAAGUGACAAAAAUUCAUCACAAAAUGAUUUAUUUAAUGAUUUAAAGAUAAAUUUAGAUUCACUUGAUACAUAUAAAAGAUGGUCUUCUUCAGAUGGAAUAACAAGAAAAUCAAGUAGUGAAAUUUUUUAUCUUCCAACAUUUGAAACAUGUUCUCGUAGUAUUGACAAUUCAUCUUUUGAAGAUAUUAUAUUAAAUGAAAAUGAUAAUAUUAUAUAUUAA